CAAAACAAAUAUGUUAAGCAGACGAUUUCUUCGUCAAAUACAGACAAAACACGAUGCAAAGUUGUUAAAUUAUAAACGGUAUCGUUCAUCAGCGUCAAGAACAGAGUGGAAAAGUGUAGUAGGAUUAGAAAUCCACGCACAGUUAAAUACCGAGUCUAAACUGUUUUCGGGUGCCCAAAACAUUUUCGGUGGUGUUGUGAAUAACUGUGUGUCGUUAUUUGACGCUGCUAUACCCGGCACAUUACCGGUUUUGAACAGAAAGUGUGUAGAACUGGCCGUGAAGACUGCAUUGUCUUUGUCUUGUAAAGUUAACGAAGUGUCCACAUUUGAUAGAAAACACUAUUUUUACGCGGAUUUGCCGGCUGGCUAUCAGAUCACACAACAGAGAGCUCCUCUAGCCAGUGAUGGGGUUAUAAGUUUUCAGGUUUACACACCAGGGGUACAUAAGAAGCCGUACCACAAGAGUUCACGCAUAAAGCAGAUCCAACUGGAGCAGGACAGCGGCAAGUCGCUCCACGAUGCCGAGCUGAAGCGGAGCCUCGUGGAUCUGAACCGGGCCGGGGCACCGCUCAUAGAGCUCGUCUUUGAGCCUGAUCUUGAGGAUGGCAUGGAGGCGGCGGCGCUGGUGAAGGAGCUGGUGCUGAUCGUGCAGCGGCUGCGCGCGUGCAGCGGCCGCAUGGAGCAGGGCGCGCUGCGCGUGGACGCCAACGUGUCGCUGCACCGGACUGGGGAGCCGCUUGGGACUAGGACUGAGAUAAAGAACAUCGGAUCGGUGCGAGGCGUCGCGUCGGCGAUUCGUUACGAGAUCGACCGUCAGAGGGCGCUGUUACAAGAUGGCGGCGUCGUGUCACAGGAAACCCGCUCCUGGGAUGCCGUAGAGAAAGUCACCGUGCCCAUGCGAGACAAAGAAGUCGUGCAGGAUUACAGGUUUAUGCCGGAACCAAACCUGCCUCCACUCCGAGUAAACCUAAAGACCAAAGAAGAUAGUAAAGACGUGAUCAGUGUGCCAUUGCUUCAAGACACCAUCCCGGAAUUGCCAGAAGACUCCCGGAAGAGAAUCAUAGAAAAGUAUCGAGUUAGACCCGAAAUCGCCAUCCAGCUUGUUAAUGAACCAGCUCUGUGGGACCUCUUCCAAGGUGUUACUCAAGAUGAAACUAGAGAUCCAACUAAAGUGGCUAAUCUCCUAAUGAAUGAUCUCCUCACUGUACUUAAUAAAAAUAAACUGGAAGUCACAGAGUGUCCAGUCACUACUACACAGCUAUGUGAACUAACAGAUCUAUUGUUGACAAAGAAAAUUAAUUUAGAAACAUUCAAACAGAUAUUAAAUGAACUUGUUGAAAACCCGGACAGCGAAAGAUCUCCAGCUAGACUAGUAGCAGACAAAGGACUGUCGUUGGUCACUGAUGAUGACGAAAUCACGCAAAGAUGCAAUGAAGUUAUUGAAGAAAAUCCUAAACUAGUUCAACAAUAUAAGAAUGGCAAAGUCAAGGUGUUUAAGGCUCUGUUAGGUAUUUUAACAAAAAAUACACAAGGUAAAAUCGACAUGGCUCAAGCUUCAGAGAAGUUAAAAGAGUUAUUGAAAAAAUAAAGUUAAUAUAAUUUGAAA